UAUCCAUUGUUAAUUGAUAAUGUAGAAGAACUCUCCGAUGGAGUCGCUCUGGCACAGGCGUUAAACCAAUUUGCACCUGAGGUCUUCACAAAUUCGUGGUUGUCUAAAAUUAACACAGGGGUCAACUGGCGCUUAAAAAUGAGUAAUUUGAAGAAGGUGAUUGAAGGUGUUUAUGAUUAUUACAGUGACGUGUUAAGUUAUUCACUUGCGGAUUUCCCACGUCCUGAUGCACAACGCAUUGCCGAAAAGUGUGACGUUGGCGAACUGGAACGUCUUCUACAGCUUGUGCUAGGUUGUGCAGUGAACUGUGUUGCCAAACAAGAUUACAUUCGACAAAUAAUGGGCUUAGAAGAAUCCCUGCAAGCUAAUAUAAUGCGUGCAUUGCAAGAUCUUGAAUCCACUUGGCAACGAGAUUGCAUGAGCAUUGCAAAUUUUGAUUAUAAAAUAUUACAAGAAGAAAGAGACGCUUUUGCCCAGAAGUGUUUCGAGACUGAAAAGAAAAUGUUGCUACUGAUUGAAGAAAAGUCUAUCAUGCAGCAGGAGCUUGCUAAAUUACAGCUUGAAAUUCAACGCUUAGAAUCUACAUGUGCUGAAAUCGGAGAUGACGGUGUUUCACUUGGACCAGUACAAGCAGGCUCGGCACGUUAUUCUGAACUUCGGCGACAGCUUGAUCGAAUGAAAGAGGAACUCUUACAAUCAGAUGCCUCACGAGAAGAUUUAAAACUAAAAGUGCAACAGCAAGAAAAAGAAACACAAACCUUGCAACAGCGAAUUGAUGAAUUAACAAAAAGUACAUCUGAAUUAAUUCAACUAAAAGAUGAGGUGGAUGAUCUACGCGAAUCAAACGAUAAAUUAAAAGAAUGUGAGAUUCAAUUGGAAACAUACAAAAAAAGGCUGGAGGAAUACAAUGAUUUGAAGAAGCAUAUUAAAAUUUUAGAAGAACGAAGUGCCGAUUAUGUUCAGCAAAUAAUGCAAUGCGAAGAAGAUGCAAAAAAGUCCGCCACUCUGAAGGGUCAAGUAGAACUUUUUAAGGCUAAGAUUCAAGAUUUGCAUGCACAACUCGAUGGAGAAAUGAGUAAAAAUGUCAAACUUGAGUUUGAUAAUAAAAAUUUUGAAAGCAAUAUUAGUGCAUUGCAGCGUGCUAAAGAAAGUUUGCUUAAAGAGCGUGAUAAUCUUCGUGAAGCUUUAGACGAACUGAAAUGUGGGCAGCUAUCAACUGGUUCUGGUAGCUUGAAUGGAAACACAAUGUCUAAGGAGCUUCAGCCGACUGCACUCCUAGAAAAAAUUCACCGAUUAGAAUUAGAAAAUAAAGCUUUACGUGAGGGACAAGGAGGACAAACAGCAUUAACGCAACUACUGGAUGACGCAAAUAAACGCAAUGAAAAUCUACGUGAGCAAUUGAAAUCGGCAAAUGAACGAAUUCUUUCUUUGUCCCAAGCAUCACAGAGCGGUGAUCCAAAUCUUAAAGAGUUCGAGUUUGGUAAACAAAUUAAACAACUGAUGGAGUUGAACGAGCAGAAAACCUUGCAGCUGGAAGAAUCGGUAUCGCAGAGUGUGUCAUUACAAAGCAAGAUAACGCAGUUAGAGAAUACUCUCGCCACCCGCGAACAAGAUUUACUAGCUUAUGAUGCCAAGUAUAGGAAAUGUGUUGAAAAAGCUAAAGAAGUAAUAAAAAAUCUAGACCCGCGUCUGGCUAAUGUUAUUGAGGUAAAUAUGCUUGAACGGCCUCAAGACUCUGAAGAGGAGCCACAGCCGAGAAUGAGUACGGUGGAGGAGCAAUUAAUGACAACAGCUUUCUAUAGGUUGGGUGUGAAUGCGCAACGUGAUGCAAUUGAUGCUAAGCUUGCGCUGUUGAUGGGACAAGGGCAAACAUUUUUAGCUCGUCAACGGCAAUCAGCACCUCGAAAAUCAUUGACAAGUUUCAAGAACAAAUAGAGUUCUUCAAACAUUAAUAUUGUUAUAUGUACUCUAUGAAAUUAGUAAGGAAUAAGCGUUAUACAUAUGUGUUUCGUUUUAUACAUGUCCAAAAGCACAUUAAUGGUUAAUAAUGAUAUAAUUAGACUAUCCAGUUAUUACCGAUUUAACUCAUUAAAAUCGACUGUCAUAAAUGUUAGAAUA